AUGAUAAUUUUUCUUAGUGAAUUGCAAAAGGAACAUCUGGAUAUAUUGCAUAAACAGUCUACGCAAGUUGUUGUUGACUAUUGUAAACUUACAAUAGAUUAUUUAAAUAAUGGUUUUAACCAAAAGAAAUGUAGCCUAGCUGCGGAAAAACUAAACGUUUCACCAACCAAUAUUCAAAAUUCGAUUCAAGCCUUAGCAUAUCUUAUAGUAGAAGGAUGUAAACAUAAUCUCUCAGAAUUAGACUUCAAAUCGUCCUUGGCCAUAGCUGGAUUUACAGAUGAAAAGCAACAAGUUAUAUUAAAGUUAUACAUUACAAAAAAGGUAGAGUUAUCAAGUGCAUUAAAUAUACUACAGCAAACAGACCUAAGCUAUCAAGAUUUGACAUGGAGGUUUGAAGUACAGAUAGCUUCUCGGAGGUGUAAUCGCAUGAUCAACCCAAUGGUUGCUUUAAAUUUGGUUGUCACUACACCGAAGAAUUUUGGACAAAAAGAAGAUCAUACAUAUAGACAGGAUGUUUUUAUUAAAAAGAAUAGAAUAACUUCUUUAUACACUGAUUCUUCUGUACAGAGUGCUAAAACAGCAAGUCAAUGUCAAAAAGUUGUUAAUCAUGUUUUAUUGCAAUGUGAUAUACCAAAUUUAUUACAUCUUACAAACAAAUUAGAACAAGCCUUAAAAGAAUCGAAAAGUCAGCAUGUUAGAAAAAUUCAAAGGGCUCUAUAA